AGAGCAGUGUAGCGCGACACCGGCAAGCUGUAGGGGAAAGGGGACGAAGGUUACACACCCAGCAGCAGGCCGUCCAUGUCAAAGAUGAGAUAACUCGGUUUUGGUCAUCAGGGUCGCUGGUUACGGGUCAAAACCCCAUCGGCAGAAGCAGACACGAUGGUAGCAAUCUCAUGCUCCCAAGGUGCCACACUGACCUGAAGAUCAAUACUGCUUCUAGAUUCUCUGCCAAAGCAAUGUUGGAGGGAAAUGGUCUCUCAUCCUGUAGUGCCGUCCUUCUCUUUUCCCCUCCACCCUUCUGCUUCAGCUCACGUGACUGGACUUUGCACUCGUUUACUGAUAAUACAAGCUCAGCCAUCUUGUUUGAAAACUAGAGGCAGAAACAGAAACAAUUCCGUGCUGCAAGGGUACUCUCCACGUGGAUUUGGUGUUUUUGGGUGUUCAGUCCCUGUCAGACCAGCAGCUGAGGCUGUUCUAAUACCAGGAGAACCACAGUAGCCAGUGGGAGAAGCACUGCAUACCGCUGCCUGGUGGAAACCGUACUUGGUGGGGAAAGAAGUCAAGGAAGGAGGAAGAGCAGCAGCAGGAGUAGUGAUGGAGCGGUAGUGGAAACAGCAGCACCUGGGCAAGCAGAAUUGGAUGAAUCAAGCAGCCACAUCCAAGAGGGGGAGUACUGUUUGUAUCCAGCACUGCUUACAAACUGGCAGCUCUGAAUUAAAAGCUGAUGACAUGGGUUACUCAUUUACAGAUGUUACUCUUAGCUACGAAAAAGAUGGGACUCCUUUUAUUUUUAACAGUUCUUCAGUGUGCCAUAAGUAGUGUCAAUACCUACAGUGUUUCAAAUCCCAACGUUGUUUUACUGAUAGCUGAUGAUCUUGGUAUUGGAGACCUGGGAUGUUAUGGGAACAGAACUUUAAGAACGCCUCAUAUUGACAGGCUAGCAAAAGAAGGAGUGACACUUACUCAGCAUAUAGCAGCAUCACCACUGUGUACUCCAAGCAGGGCAGCUUUCCUGACAGGGAGAUAUCCUAUCAGAUCAGGAAUGGCUGCUUUUUCACGAGUUGGUGUCUUCUUAUUUUCUGCUUCUUCUGGGGGACUUCCUUCUGAAGAAAUAACGUUUUCCAAACUCCUGAAGCAAAGAGGUUAUGCAACAGCUCUGAUAGGAAAGUGGCAUCUUGGGAUGAACUGUGAAAGCAAUAAUGACUUCUGUCACCACCCCCUCAGUCAUGGAUUUGAUUACUUUUAUGGGCUUACUGUGACCAACCUUAGAGACUGCAAGCCUGGCCAAGGCAGCGUGUUUUUAAAAGGGGUUCAGAUGUACCUUGUCAUCCUAAUCCAAAUCCUUGGAGUCACUGCGGUUUCAUUGGCAGUAGUACAUUAUGUUAGCUUCUUCAAAGUACCUUUCGAAGCACUUGGUUUCUGUCUAUUAAUAACCUGUAUUUCACUUGCGGUUUUGAUUUUUUUCUUUUAUCAUUUCCGACACCUGAACUGCUUUUUAAUGAGGGACCAUCAGAUAAUCCAGCAGCCAUUAUCCUAUGAGAAUCUUACUCAAAGAUUGACAACAGAAGCUGUACGGUUUAUAGAAAGGAACCAUAAUGCACCAUUUCUUCUUGUCCUGUCUUAUCUUCAUGUCCAUACUGCUCUAUACGCUUCAAAAAUGUUCAGAGGAAAAAGCAGGCAUGGAUUAUAUGGAGAUGCAGUGGAGGAAAUGGACUGGAGUGUAGGUAUGUUGAUCUUAGGACAGAUUCUGGAUGUGCUGGAGAAUUAUAAUCUGAGCAAUAGAUCUCUUGUAUAUUUUUCAUCCGACCAAGGGGCUCAUAUUGAAGAAAUCUCUAGUUCUGGAGAAGUCCAUGGAGGUUGCAACGGUAUAUAUAAAGGUGGAAAAUCAACUAACUGGGAAGGAGGUAUUCGUGUGCCAGGGCUUCUCCGUUGGCCUGGAGUGAUACAUGCUGGCACUUAUAUAGAUGAUCCAACAAGUAACAUGGAUAUUUUUCCUACCAUUGUCAAACUUGCUGGAGCACAGUUACCCUAUGACAGAAUUAUUGAUGGACAUGAUCUGAUGCCUUUACUUCAAGGAAAAGUUAUCCGAUCGAAGCAUGAAUUUCUCUUCCAUUACUGUAAUGCAUAUUUAAAUGCAGUACGCUGGCAUCCAAGAAACAGGAGAGGUUCAUCUAGGUUCUACAGAACUAAAGAAGUUAAGUUCAUAGUAAAGAGAAGACAAAGCAGGAAAGAUCUGCUUAAAAGUACCAUUUUAAAACAACUUCUAGUUUUGACAGGUAUUGCCUUUUAUGUGAGAUGGAAUUAAAAUAAUAUUCGCUUCUGAAGAAGUGAGAGUAAGAAAAGGAAUGCUUUCCAUUUUCCUUACCCUUGAAAAGAGCAUGUUAUUCAUACUGUAAGGCAUAGUAAGGGUUACAUUGUUAUUGAAGAGGGCUCGCGUUAUUUACAGAAUCAUUCUUACUUUUAUUUUUAUUAAUAUCAUAUUGAGUCUUAAUAACUAAAAAUUGUGGACUGAAUUCAUAUGCUUAAAGAACGCCCAUUUGUGAACACAAUGUUGACAUUUUGGGGGGUUGGACUCAAUGUGCUCUAGAGGUCCGUUCCAACCCUUACAAUUCUGUGAUUCUGUGAUUCUGUGAUUCUGUGUUUCUGUGAUUAGAGAGUAGUCAGAAGACAGAGUCUGGGUGGAUACUGAAAACUGAGAAAUACUAUGAUGUUCUACAGAACAAAUCUGAAAAUCUUAUUUCUGCUAUCAAAUUCUCAGUGCAAGAGUAGGUAGGUGAAGCUAGUAGUUGUCUGCAGCAAGUGGAAAUGCAUUAGUUUGUAAAUAAAGAUUUUGCAUUAGAAAUGGUGGCAAUAUACUUCUGUUUAAAAAAAUCUGUCCCGUUUGGCCCUCUUUGUGCAUUUAAGAAAGAAAACCUUUCACAGGUUAUCUACACAGUUCUUUCUGGAGGCAGUGAUAGGACCCAAGGGAACAAUAGGACAGAUCUGCAUGAGGGAAGGUUCAGGUUGGGGAUUAGCAAAAGGUUCUUCACCAGAGGGUGAUCAGACACUGAAACAAGCUCCCCAGAGCAGUUGACCACUGGCACUAAGUCUUCUGGAAUUCAAGAAGCAUUUGGGCAGUGUUCUCAGACACAGGGUUUGAAUUUUGAGUGGUCCUGUGUGGGGACACAGGUUGGACGCAGUGAUCUUCAUUGUUACCUUCCAACUUGGUAUAGUUUAUGAUUCUAUUAUUCUGUCUCCAAAUAUUUGUUAUUUGAAAUAUAUGUGCAGUAUAUUCAUAAGUCAACAGUCAGGUGUGGUUGUCAUACAUCUUUGUGGAACCUGUACCCUUGCAUAGGUGUUUCCUGUUCUUUUGCUGGUGCAGAUUAGUAUGGAUUCACAUUGUCUGCAAGAAUGCCAACAGUUAUCAUUUUUUGCUUUCAUUGCUGAACAAUAGAAGAUAAACUUAAUAGCAAAUUGAUCCAGGAAGUGACCAUACUCUUUUGCACAGCAUCUUUAGAAGGAGAGAUAAUCAUACUGUGUGACCAUGAAUGUCAUCAAAGAAGCAUUUUGUUGUCUUACAAUGAAAUAUCUUUCUUUUUUAAAUCAAAUCUUAUCAUAACAACUUCCUACUUUUUCUGAGAAAAUAAAUGCUUUGAAAGGAUGAGAAAUAAGGGAUUUGAAGAGGAAAGAUUUUCCUAUUGUCACAAAGAUUUUUGCUUUCUAUUUAAAAUAGACUUCCUCAGUUAUAGUAAAAUUGAUGCAGGAACAGUUUUGUCUGAGAGAGCCAUUCCACCAGAGAAAGACCAUGUUAAAUGUCCUUUGACACAGACAUUAUACACACAGACUUUCUUUCAAUGAUCAUACAAUACUGCUUUCAUCAUAUAAAAAUAGCAACCAUAACAUAUUUGUCUAUCAAUUCCAAGAUAUUCUGACCUAAAUUAGUAAUGUUCUUAGGGAACAGAGAAAGGUUGACAGGUUUCGGUGAUCAUAAAAAGGCAAAAGCAUUUAAAGUAGCUAAUUCAGUAUUAUUUAAACUUCAGCACGGGUGGCUUCCUGUCAGGUACUGUGUCAUGCACUUAUGACAGUAAAAAGGAAAAAAAAAAAGUAGGAUCUUACAGAUUUUUUUUUCUCUCUCUUUUUUUUUUUUUUUUCCUUUGCAGCUAACACUUCAAUAAGAAGAAAGGUCUGAGUUAGAAUGCUUGUCUGAUAGGUUUUUUUGCUAUUCAGAUGGUUAAUGGGAGUAAAAACAAAUACAUAUAACAGCAAGUUCAUAAUAGCAGCUAAAAACGUGCUGCAAAUUUCAAAAAUGAAUGUCAUCUUACAAAAUAAAUUAAAACAUGGUCCUUAAACAAUUUCUAGAGCAUUUCACUUCUAAAAAUAUCUUCCAUUCAAUGUUGCAUUUGAGCCUGCAGCAUUCUAUUUGUUACAUUCAGAACAUAGUUCACAUUUAUCCUAAUCUAAAAAUCUCAAAGAAUUAGGGGAUACAUAAUGCAUUAAAUGCAUUAAUAGGUUUAUCUUAGGAGAAGAAUAAUUCCUGAACACAAAUGUCCAAGUUUAGUUUCAUGGUUAAUGGAAGUGUAAUUUGUCAGUCGACAGAAUAGAAACUGAGAACUGCAGGUUGCUUGUUCAUCUGCUUCUGUUCAUUCAGGCCUGCCUUAGCAGAACUGCUAGGUCAUUUAGAAGUUCUGGUGAUGUCAAGAAUACCAGGUAGCUCAGAACACCAAGAGUAUAUAGAAGCAACAAAAAGCUGACCUAGAACACCGUGCAGAUGUUUACAAGGAGUCAGAAAUGAAAAACGCUCUGACUAGAUUUUGGAAUUUGAUACUAAACAGAUUUUACACUGCCUGUAGUUCCUGAGCAUUAUCAAAAGCCUUUUUCCCUCCUCCCUCACAUUCAUAUACCAAAGUAUUUCAGGUCUCUAGAUAGGAACUGUUUUAAUUUCUGCCUGUGCUUUUGAAUAGUUUUAGCGAUAGUUUGAAUGCAGGAAAGGAUUAUUCCAUUGGUAAGUAUUUCUUGAAUUUAGGAUCUGGCAAAUGAUUAGAACUAACAAGAGCAGUAUGUACGUGCACAGCUGCCUGAGUAUUCUCCACCAAGUAAUUCUUCAUAUUGCAAAGUAUAUUGUAAAUCUGUGUUCAAGUCUGUGUUCCAUUCAUAGAGAAGCAAGAAAGAGCUAAGAACAGUCAAUGUAAUCUUUGCCUUGACAUACAAGAAAAAUUGUCCACAACAAUUGUUCUUUGUUUUUCCUAACAUAUUUCAAGAAUUUUGUUCAGUUUGUGGAUUCACUGACCUCAGAUAUAUACUUUGGUUGGAUUUUGUAUUUCAGUUGCUAUACAUUCUGACAAGGUCUAUGAGAGCACACUAUGUCUGCUCCCUGCAGAGGGAGGAGCACAUUUAGGAGGGCUUAAAGCAUCUGUGUUCUUUGGUGAUUCAAAGGCCUACAUGGCUGUGUAAUAUCUGUACAGGGCAUCUUACUCCUCCUCUGAUUAAAUUUGGUAUACACUUGGGAAGACAGUUGUAGAAGCCAACAUUCUAUUUUACAUUUAGUUUUAGGAUCUUUUUAUGAUAGAUAGACUGGAAGAAAGUAGUGGUCCAAAAUUCAGAAGUUAGAAUCAGACAAACCUAUGAGAAUCAGCAAGACAGAGAAAGCCUUCAAAGUGAAGGUGAGGAUUUGAGUGAUAGGAAAAUUGUUUACCAAGUCUAUCUGCCUGGCCUGAUUUCCUUGUGAAUGUAGUUUAAUUGGUCUAAUCCUAAGUGAAAUGCAGACUCCUUUCUAUGUCUCCAUGCCCUAAGUGCCAAGAUCUUGGAUUAGAAUACUAAGUAUUAGCAAAGAAAUAGAGUUUAAGUUUGACCCGUGAGCUAGAUAAUCUUGGCAGUCUUUUCCAACCUUGGUGAUUCUCUGUUUAGCACAGUUGCCAGCCCAUUAGAAACAUCUUUGGAAAUAUAAGAAAAAUUUCAACAGGCUAUUCAGACAUUGCCUGAAUCUCUGUAUUUUAAUUAGUCGCUUUACUGAGGUUGUUGUCAUUAUUUGUUGGUUCUCUUUUGGAGAAUAGCAUAGAAGAAGGAGACACUAUAGUAAACACAGUAGAAAAAUAUGUUAUCCUUAGUGUUGUCACAGAUCUUUAGAGAGUAUUUUGGCAAAGAAAUCAGCUAAAUUGAGAGAUGCACACUGAGUUUGAAGAACUAUGGAUAAAAAUUGUUUGUAAGCUUCAAAAUCCAAAAAAUAACUACCAGUAUGUAGAUGUUUGUAUUUCACAAUAUCCUUUGAGUGCUGUCAUCACUCUUAACUACAGUGGGAAGGGAGGGCAUAUAUAAAAUUUAUAUCUUGUCAUGUAGUGCCAAAAGCAUUUUCAGUUGUCUGGAGGAAGUACAGUGUGUAACUGAAUGACUUUAGACAGCAAGUUGUUAUUUAUUCUAUUUAUUUAUAUUCCUAAAACAAGGGGUUAACCUAAGCCAUAAUCUAUAGGAGCAUAUUCUAUGAGUAAAAAGAAGAUAAAAAGGAUUUCACACUCAAGUAUGUGGCUGUCUUUGUUUAACUCAACUUUGUAACUGCCUUGUACAAAAAAAGCCCAGACUUCAUAGUGCUGCAAUAACUAAUAAUAAAUGUUGAAUUAAAUUUGUGACAUAAGUGCACUCUUCAAAGAUAUUCUGAACCAAACUAGAAUUAUUACACUGAAUAUUGAUUACUUAAAAAUAGAAGAGAAACACAAAGAAAAGAAACACCACUGGCAGCAGUGGUCUACCUAACCCUCCUACAACCGAGUUUUAGAAAUUGGAAGAAAGUGUAAUCAGAAUGUAUUUUACCAUGGGAAAAAAAAAUAAAUCCUUUGUGACCCAUGAAAGUGAUAGGCUAAAAGCUUUAAGCUUGGAAAUGAACUGUAGUCAUUUUUAGGAUGAAAAUCAGACACCAACUGAAAUCGUAGCAAUCUUGUCUUUUUACACAUAAAAUUGUAAGGAGAUAUAUAGUACAGAAGAUAAUGGCUGGAGCUUCCCAGGUCUCUUACAGCUUGUUUUCUAGCUUGAGAUUAAUUCACUCCAGAGUUGAUUACAACUCAGCUGAGCACUCUGGUUAUGUGUAAGACUAUUCUAUGCUGCUGAAUCUCUCCAGUGGGCUCAAGGAAGGCUUUUUUCAGAUAUAGGUUCAUGCACCAGAUAGUUUGAAAAACACCUGGAGUUACCAGAACAUGCUGGGUAGUAUAUCAUGUAAAUAAUAAAUAAAUAAAAUCUAAUAAGAGUUGAAGAGCAUUUGUAGAUCCUUUCUCAAAUAAUUAGCUGAGCACACAAGUAGCUUCGCUCACAAAUUAAAUUGUACUCUGCUUAAUUUAAGCAUGAGAUUAGUAUUUGAGUUCUUAAAAUAGAAUACAAAUGCUUUUUGAUCUUAAGGCAAACAAGGUAAAAUCAUCCUCUCAGUAAAUUCAUGGGAAUUUUUGUUCAGUUCAGUUCAGAAGACCAGAACUCUAAAAAUGGCAUGGAAAUGAAAUUUGGAACUGACAAUGCAAUGAAGAAAGGGGCAAUCCAAAUGAACAAACACUUGCACCAAAGUCUUCAUUUAAACUCUAGCAAAAGUUUGCGAAAAAUAUACAUUUGAAAAAGUUGCUAGAUAAACCACUGAGGAGUGAAAGGAGUGUGCCAAUAAAAUGUCUUUGUCUUCAGCUAUAAAGGAAAUGAAUUAUUGUAGCACGAAAGUUACAAUAGAAGAAAACAUCUAUCAAGAAAGCACUAAAAAAAUACAUUGUAGGGAACAAUCAUGAGGUGGCAAGGGAAUGAAUUAGAUGACAAAAAGAAAAUUCAUUUGAAAUAUCUGAAAUGAGCUUUUGUUCUUAUGUGCUACAACUGGAACAGAGAAAAUGCAUAUAUUAAUGUAAGAAAGAUAUGAACAUCACUUAAGCAGUCAAUUCAGAUGUACUUUAGCUACUGACUUCAAGGCUACUGACUAUAGCUUCAAGCUGUGCCAGGGAAGGUUCAGACUGGACGUUAGGAAAUACUACUUCUCUGAAAGAGUGGUCAGGCACUGGAAUGGGCUGCCCAGGGAGGUGGUGAAGUUGCCGACCCUGGAGGUGUUCAAGGAAUGUUUGGACGUUGUAUUGAGGGACAUGGUUUAAUAAGAACUAUUAGUGAUGGGUGGAUGGUUGGACUGGGUGAUCCUGUGGGUCUUUUCCAACCUUGCUUUCCAAUCUUGGUGAUUCUAAACGAAAAAAAAAAAAAAAAUGAUUCUAAAGACUAUUUCAGAGGUCAUUCAAUGAUUCUUAUGGAUGAGUAAGAUGUUUCAAAAAGACCCAACAAAUUAUGUUUAUAAAGAAGAAACUUUUGUGGGUAUUUUUGUUUGUUUUAAAGAAAAAACUCUGCAAACUUCCAUCUGUACUUUCUGACGACCUCAGUUAAAUAUAGGGAUUUUAAACAUACUUGAGAGGAGGAGAUUCACAAUCUAUGAAUACUUUCAGGUCUUUCAUAAGCAGCAGAACCUUGUAAAUAGAUAUUGGCUGCCAAGUUAAAUUGAAGUUGGGCUAGAUAACACUGGAGAGAUAGACAGUUCGACUCUAGCGUGUGGUGGUGUCUUACUCUGAAGGUGACUACUGUAGAAAGAACGUAACACAAAUGCUUGUCACAGGAACCUCUAUGAUGUUUAUGAAAGCAAAUCCACUCAGUAUCUGUGAUUUCUGUCUGGUUAUUUUUGCAUAACAAAUAAGCAGUUAUAGAGCAAAGGCCUAGUUCCAUAUUCAUCAUAAGAGCACUAGGCAAUAGCUAUAUAAGGAAUUGAAAAAAACAAAACAACAAAAAAAUAUCUUUUUAAAAGCAUCAUUAGUUAUAAGGGAAACAAAGUACUUUGUAAGAAAGUUGUUCAAUGAAGAAUGAUGACUUAGAGGUCAUUGUAUUAUGGAUGAUCAUGGAUCAAGGUUGGUCAUCUCUUAUCAGGGAGCAACUGUUCAUAAAGUCAGGAACAACAAGUGACCUUAGCUGUGGAAGUAGCCUCACUGGCAGCACCCAAGCAGAAUGAGCAGAGCUGAGUGCUAAUAACAGGGUCCAUCAGUAACCCCUAACUAGGUGAACUGGUGAUUCAGAUUUAAGGUCUACUCAUAGAGUCCAGUCGAAGCAGGAAGAGAUAAGAAUGAAGACACAGGUGGAAGAAAGGCUACAACCUCAGGCAUUCCAGAGAUGGGGCUAAGGAGUGGGACUGCUGAUGACCUUGGGCUAAGAUCAAAUGGGGAUCCUGGCACAUGGACAGAGUAUGUGGAUGGGGUUCCAACAUAGGGCUGGUCAGGAUCGGUAAGGCAUACUAGAAUUCUCAGGAUUCAAGCAUCUCAGGUUUUUAGCAAAUUCUGAGGGUGAUGCUAACAACAGGCAGGUGUAAGCUUUUACAUCUGAGCUAAUCUGAUCUAACUGUGAUCUUUAAAAGAGAAAUAAGCAGAAUUAUUCUCACCCUAACAUAGAAUUCUAACAAAGAUAAAAAGCAGAUCAAUGAACAGUCACAUCUAGCUUUCAUAAAAAUGAACACAUUUCAGGGAUCCAGAAUUAGAUGAGAUGACCAAAUUGUCAAAUUACAUAAUAAAUAGCAGUAGAGCACUGAGCAGUAAAUCCUACUGAGUGCCUUAAAUGUAAAAAAGUGUCUUGCCACCUUUUUUACAAUGUGAAAGAAAUGAAUAUUUUUCUAAAUGUCAAGAAUGACACUGUAUGUCUUUUAAAGUUAACUGGGAAUUUUAAGAUCAUGUAACAUAAUUAGUGUCAUUUUUCUUUUAAAUCAGCAGAGGUUCAGAUAAGAGCCUGCCUACAAAUAUGCCACAAAUAACGUAGAUAGUUUAGAUGGUGUAGUAAAAUACAAGGGGUGAAUCGGUUUUGUAUAAAUGAAUAUCAUUUUAUCCAUGCAUCAGUGUCCUGAAAGAUCUGACAAAAAUAGUCAGAGAGGAAAAGCAUGAAUUAGAUACAAAUCCUGGUUUGAGUUACACUGGCAUAAAGCUCUUUAAAGUCCAAUUAAGAAAGUACCACUUACAUUCAUGUUCAAUUUUCCUUUUAACACAGAACUAAAAUAGUAAUUUACUUCAGCUAUUAGCAUCAACUCUCUGAGAGAUGUUUAUUUGUUACGAGUAAUUGUUGUUGCUGACUGGGGCAGCUCUUACUGCGGAGGCAUAAGGGUCUGAUGUGCAGAAAUCAGACCCUGUAGCCAGUAAGGAUAUAGAGCAGGCAUGUGUUUAUUGGUGAUGCGUGUAUACACCCUGGUGCAAGGGGGAUCGCUCCACCUAACUUGCACACUGUCAGGAGAAAU